CCGUGCUUGCGCAGCAGGAGGGGCCAAAGUUGAGGCCAGUAGAGUACAUGGCCAAGAAAAUGCCGUCUCAGAAGUUGGCUAAGUCCACUUAUGAGAAGGAACUCUAUGCGAUGUACAAGGCUCUCACCCAUUGGAGACACUACCUCCUUGGGCGGUUCUUCAUCCUCCGGACUGAUCAUCAGACCCUGAGAUGGAUGAGAACACAGCCGGUACUCUCUGACGCUCUCAAGCGUUGGAUCGAAGUCAUUGAGCAAUAUGACUUUGACCCUCAGUAUCUCAAAGGGGAGUACAACAAGGUUGCUGAUGCCUUAUCGCGCAGACCGAACUUCUCAGGUGCGCUGAUUACUGAGUUCGAUCUGACGGACGAUGUUACUCAGUCUUUGGUGGAAGCCUAUCGUCAAGACCAGUUUAUGUCUGAGAUCAUACGCAGACUUGAGGCGAAGGAUAAAAAGACCUCCGCCGAGUUUGAGUUGGUCAAUGGAUUGCUGUUCCUCGAGAAGGCACGGAAUAAACGCUUGUGCGUUCCAAAUAGCGAGGCUUUGCGUAGUUUGUUUUUAGGCGAGUGUCAUGAUGCCACCGGCCAUUUUGGGUACAAGAAGACYGCAGCCAACUUGCUGCAGCAGUUCUGGUGGCCAACGAUGAUGAAAGAUGCACAGCUGUACGUGGAAACUUGUCAAGCCACAUCAGCAAACCACGUCAGCAGGUCAUGUAAGCAGACCACAUCAGCAGGCCAUGUGAGCCGACAACAGUGCCACGUCAGCAGCAGGGACUGCCACGUUAGCAGUCCUCCGGCCUGGUCGAUGCUCACGCACAUACCAACGGUUGGCAUGGAUCAGAAGUUCGGGGAAACGGUCGAGGCCUAUCAGGCCCGGAUGCCGGCUUUGUUUAUCGAAGCCAAGAAACGGGCGGAUGAGGUAGCAGCCGCAGAGAAGAAGAAGGCAGAGGACGCCGAGGAGGCACGUCUGUUGACAAUCGAACAGCAGCGCCAGCAAGACGAGGGAAUAGCAAAGGCUGCCGAUGAAGACCGAAUUCAACGACGCGAGAAGAUAUUCAACGGAGAGCGAGCUUUACUCACAAUGGCAGCGGACUGGCGGGCCGAGGCUGACAAUGGUCAGAUGGAAGAGAGUGAAAGCAAGAUCGCUCUACUCCUAACGCAUUUCACGGAUCUCCUGGCAACGUGCAUUGCACAGCAGGAGGACAUCCAUAGCCUCGACGACGCCGUUCGGACUCACAUUCAGGCAUUUGACCAAGUCAACAGCCGCCUCCAGCAGCUGGAGCAACGACCCGUCCCCGCCAUCGAUGCCAGCUCCUCCAACACCUUUGAUCGCCUCAAUGCAUUGGAGAUCGACGUCGGAGCCCUCAAGGACGACACGGAGCUACAACAAACCGCCACGCAUUAAUUGGAACAGCGGAUCUGUGCUGCCGCCACCAACCCGAGUUCGACACCGCGCGAGGCGACUCCAAGGUUCAAUGAUCAGGAGAUC